GGUGCUGCUGUCGUGGCCAGUUUCCGCCGCCCCACCAAGCGCGGCGAUCGGAGUUGCAUCUCCGAUCGUCGCCCCAAGCGAACAUCACCGCGGCCGUCGUUUCUUGCUGCUCUGGACGGCUAUCGAGGUCUGCUGAAGCCGGCUCACACCGGCAACACUCACUCCAUCAACUCAUUACACUCCCAUAAAUUCAGUCCGCCAGCAUGAUCGCCGACCCCAGUGUCCCCGACCCUCGCCCCUUCGACAUUUACAUGGCCACCCAGCUCUCUGGGAUCUGCAUCCGGGGUCAUCAGCCGUUUGCCCUCUCCAGUCGCUGGCUCGUCUGUCCUCUACAGAGUCCUUCGCUGCCCAAGCAGGCCCGCGGUCCAUCGCCGCACACAAUUGGAUACAUCCAUCGGGAUCGCAUCCACUCAGGCAGCCCCGAGACGCAGGACUGGAUCGAGCUCUGUGCCCUUGAGCGAGCCUCGGCGCCAUACACCCUCCUCUUUGGCAGCGAUCAUGCCGAGUUCACCACCCUGGUUGUGAUCCUGGAUCGCCAGCUGCUCGUCUGGCGCUUGCCUCGGCUUUCGUUUUCCUCGCAGCAUAUGCCGCCUCGCAUUCUUCUCCGCAACCUCGACAGCCCUCGCUUCACCAAACUCUCUCCUCAGGACCGAUUCGUCGCCAUCGGCAGCGGCCACGAGAUCGUCGUCGUCCAAAUCGCCAGCGGUCAGUCGACCCGGCUGCAGGGCCAUCUCGAUCAAGUGACGGCUGUUGAAUUUCUUACGCCGUCUCUGUCUGGCACCGAUCCAAAGCUCGACUCUCCUGAUCGGCUCUGGCUGCUCUCCAUCUCGGAAGACCGGACCUUCAAACUGUGGGACUUGAGCUCGAUGUGCUGUCUCUAUCAGUCCGGAAUAGAGUCCUCCCAUGCCCUCACCAGCGCCGCCCGAGACCCAAAGGCAUCUCGGUUCGCUAUAGCGACCGAGGGAGGCAAGAUCCAUUUCUAUGAAUACGGAUACCGACACGAGCCACCAGAGAAUCGUUUUUUCAUCCACCGGCUCACAGCCGUCGACGCAUCCCUUGCACUAUCCGCCGAAGCCCUGCGUCAAGAAUCGGCACAAUCUGCGCCAACUGACGAAAGCGCCGCCGUUGUCAGUAGCCUGCCAGCUUGGCGGCAGAGUGGCUCCUCAAUGCCCUCCACAACAGCGGCCUCAGAACCAGACUCGAUCUUGGCUCAAAACUCCCCUUCUGUCCUGUACCUGGAGUACAUAUACGUCCCGAAGCAGGCCAAGACAUUCUUGCUCGCAGGCUUCAUUCAUGGCCUGCUUAUCAUCGAUCCCGACUCAUACCGUCCCAGCUUUGCUCUCUCGUUUCGGCACACGCCGCUGGAGUACUUGCCCGCCCAGGGCGGCGGCAGUCCUGAACCCGGCUUUCGGUACCUUCCCACGGCAACCAACUACUCGCUGACACCCUCCUCGGAUGCACGGGACACCUGGGACCUGCUUAUCGGCUCCUCAAUGAGUGGCGAGCUGUCCGUUGUGACACUGCAAGUCCACUCACCCACACUUGGUCGCGAAGCCGAGGGUAUCGAGACCAUAGACUCAAUCUGCAUGGAUGACUUUUCGAGCUUGGACGCCCUCGUGCAGGUCGUGGCAGCCGAGUUUGUCACCGGCGCUUGGCUCGACAACACCGUCUGCGACUGCAUGAGGGCCCUGCAUGCCGCCAGAAUCACCGAGAUUGCCCACUUGCGCGAUCCCUCCCGGGCUCUUCCUGAGUGCAUGCCGGCUUACAUCUGCAAGUCACUCUCCAGCGUUCGUGCAGGCAUAACCACCAGCGGCACUCCUGCGUUGUCCUUCUGCCACAAGGAAGCCGCUUUUGCAAGGGCCUCACCUCUCUGUCAUGUCGACGGCCCGGUUUCGCCACGCUCGACGCCGACCCGGUCUGCAUCCAAACCAGUCUCCAAGUCAGCCCCAAAGCCAGCAAAGUCAACUGCUUCCUUGAACCACCCGCUGACCUUCCGGUCAACGGUCAAAUCAUCUGGGUACGCCACUCCUCCCAAAUCUGCGAUUCUGUUCAAGCCCCAGACCAACGCCACCCGCUCCGCCCGAAAGCAAUCGGCUCAAGUCCAGCCGACACGCACUCACAGAGCCGAGUACUCACCAGACACCGGGCUGCCCAUCGUUCCGACACAGAAGCCAUUCGCAAUGAACCACCAGGGGUCGGUGACAUGGCUGCGGUAUCACCCUGCCGGUCACUUGCUGGCCACAGCUUCGGUCGACAAAACAAUAGGGCUCUCCAGGCUCUCUCGAAACGAAUCCCUCAAGAGCCUGACGGGACAUAACGGCGCCGUUCUGUCGGGAUCCUGGGGUGCUCGCAGCGACCCGGAUGGCUCCGGACUGAUCUUAUCGACCUCGGCCGACAAGACCGCAAGGCUGUGGCAGACAGGUCGCUCCGAGCCUCUGCUGAGCUUUUGCUCAGAAAAUCUACUGUCUUGUCAGCGCGAAGGCCGCCGAAAGCCCAGGCUUUCACCCGACCCGGCGGCGAGUUGUCGCCAAGAGAUACGCGAUGCACGCUUCUAUUACCGCGAUCGCCUGCUGAUGCUGACGGUUGGACCAGAAGUUCACGUUCUUACGUAUCACCUCGAGAGCGUCGAUCCGCGCUGUAUCAAGCCGCAGCUCAACUACAACUCAUACAAGUGUCGAUAUCGGCUCUCGGCCCCGGCUCAGUCGCUCUGGAGCCUCGGCCUGGCCAACACAUACGAGUCUCAGAUCGUCGUCCUGGCAACCAGCAACAAGUCCGUUCAAAUCUGGAAUAUGGCUCGAUGCACCCUGGCCAAGUCGUACGAGGGACUGCUGGGCGAUUCAAGCCGACCGAUCCACACAAUCGAAGUUCCAGACUACGGCACGCCCGUGGAGGGUCUCGAGGCGUGCUUCGUGACGGGCUCGGUCGGUGAUGCGCUGGCGCUUUGGGACAUGAGGACGUCGGCAGGGAUCGUGCGCAAGUUUCACGGGUACGUCAAUCGCAUGAACGGGAUCGGAUGUCGCAUCUCGCCCUGUGGCCGGUUCCUUGCGACGGGAUCAGAGGACAACCGUGCCUAUGUAUACGACCUCCGCGAGGGCCGCAUCCUCGGCAAGACCCCUCAUCAUCCCAGUAUCGUGACGUGUGUGGAUUUUGGUCCUCUCAACUGCGAGCUAGCGACCGGAUGCAGCGACGGACGAAUCCGCCUGUUUCGACCCGCAUGAGCGUGCUGGGUGGAGCCCUGGGGGACGGAUAAGUAUUAUUUCAGGUAUUCUCCGCCACUCACUCGGAGCCAACCAGCAACCGAGUUGCCCAAAUAGCACUGUUGCUUGUCGGGAGGACAGCAGCCUCGAUCGCAUUGGGUCUUGCCUGUGGGGAUCGUGCGUCAAAGACGGUCUUCGAUACUUGAGAGGCUCAACAUCUCGCAAAUCGGCCGGCAUCGCAUCGGAGCGCCAAGGAGUGAGCGCGCGAAUCAUGGUGCCGUCAUCUCGGUAUCCUGGGCCGCUGGUCAUGCAGCGCCGUUCGCCGUGUGGGGAUGCAGCAGCCAAGCGGGUGCCGCCAAGACCCCCGUGGGAAAGCGUCGUUGCUGCGCAGCCGUGUACAACGUCCGCCACCAGCCGCUGGCUUUUGGUCGCUGCCCUUGCUGCCCCUUCUUGGCCUUCGCUCGCC